AUGAAAAACUGUGACAAUUAAAGAAUCGCUUAAUAAAUAUAUGCCAGUUAAAUUUUAAAAUUCUAAGGUCAAGUUAUGGAAAAGAAAUCAACAAAAAUAGUAUUUAAGAAUUAAAUUGAAAGUUAAUCAUAAAAUAUCUCAAAUUACAAUAGUCCUGUUGUUGAAAGAUAAAAAUCAUAUUAGAAUUAUUUGAAAGUUAAUAAGAUUUUUAUUAAUUAAGCAGUUAAAAUUAAGCAGCAUUUUCAAUGUAAUUAGUGA